AUGUUCCGCUGGCUGCUCCUUCCUGCGGCACUGGCACUGAAGCCUGAGCCAGUGCCGCAGCCGGCGCCGGUGCCGCAGCCUACCCCGGACCAUGAGGAGGACUUGAGACUCUCCCCCCUCACCGACCUCACCAAGCCAGACCUGUGGUAUAUCUUCCUUCAGGCCGAUGGCGAUGAGAACGGCAAGCUGAGCAAACUAGAGUUCUUCAAUUUUUGCGCGCACUACCGGGAGGAGAUUGAGCGCAGCCAGCACGAAAAGUUGCAGCCAGAUGUGGACCUGGACAAGGACGGAGCCCUGAGCUUCGCGGAGCUCGAGAAGCAUUUAGAGACGUGGGAGAUUGAGGGCUACCCGCAAGAGCUCGAGAGGGUCCGAGAACUCGAGAAGGCAAAGUUCAAGGUCGCAGACGCUGACAACAACGGCAAGCUGGAGGGCGAGGAGCUCAUCAACAUGUACGGCCAUGGAAUCAAUGAAAAGGUCUUGGAGGUUGAGGCAAAGGAUGCUCUGAAGAGUAAGGACCUGGACAAGGAUGGGAAGCUGAAUCUGAAGGAGUUCUUCUACGAUUACCUGAGACCAGAAGAGGAUGAUGAUCACGAUGAGGACCCCCGGGAUAAGAACGUCACCUUCACCAACCUCGAUGGCAAUGGCGACGGGCUCAUAGACCUGCAGGAGCUGAUGAUUUGGGAGGGCGGCUUCUACUUCAUGGAGGAGGCAGUUGACAAGAUUCUCCUGCUGGCGGACAAGGACGGCGACCACCAGGCGACCUUUCAGGAGCUGGCAGAUGCAUGGCAUGACAUUGAGGAGACAGGCGCCCAGCUGCCGCUGAGGGGCAUCAUCAUCCGGGCAUUGGGCGAGCACGAGGGCGAAGGCCGCGCAUCAGAGCUGUGA